UAAUUCGGCUCAUUCGUUGAGUGUUGAGGCUGCUUAUAUCAAUCAGAAUUUCUCGCAACAGGUGCUGAUAAGAGAUGGGAAGAAGUUGAAUUAUGAUGAGCCUAACCCGUUUGCGACUGAAGGGGAAGAGGUGGCGUCGGUUGGUUACAGGUACAGGAGGUGGAAGUUGGAUGAUGAUACCUUUUUGGUGGCGCGAUGUGAAGUACAGAGUGUGGUGGAAGUGAACAAUCAGAGAUCAUUCUUGACUCUGAAUGCGCUGAAUGAGUUUGACCCUAAGUACUCGGGGGUUGAUUGGAGGCAGAAGCUCGAGACACAAAGGGGUGCUGUGUUAGCUACUGAGUUGAAGAAUAACGCGAAUAAGCUCGCGAAAUGGACUGCACAAGCUCUGCUAGCUAAUGCUGAUAUGAUGAAAUUGGGUUAUGUAUCAAGAGUCCAUCCUAGGGAUCAUUUUAACCAUGUAAUAUUAGCUGUUGUUGGAUAUAAGCCUAAGGACUUUGCUGCACAAAUCAAUUUGAACACAUCAAACAUGUGGGGUAUUGUGAAAAGUAUUGUGGACUUGUGUAUGAAGUUGAAUGAAGGGAAAUAUGUGCUUGUUAAGGACCCAACCAAGCCACAGGUUAGGAUUUAUGAAGUCCCUCCAGAUGCAUUUGAGAAUGACUAUGUUGAGGAGCCAUUGCCAGAAGACGAACAGGUUCAGCCUCCUACAGAGGAUGCGCAAGGUGCUGAGACAAAUGGGGCUGCAAAUGAAGUAGAGGACAAGGAAAUUAGCACUGAAGCUGCAUAAGGGUUGUCCGGGAAUAAAGUGAUACUGGUUGGAACCUCUUUUAGAUCUUGAGCUUUCUCUUGUCAACAGCUUUGUGUGGUGAAUGUGCUCUUGUGUCUUUCCAAACAGAUUAGAAACAAGGCAUCUUGUUGAGAGCUUUGUACCAUCUUAACGAACUUGUCCGGCUUCCUUUCUCCCACCUACUGUAGUGGUUUUGAUGAUUAUGGACCUUUGUCAAGGCUAAUUUUGUGAUAGGUUUCUCUUUUAGUUGGAUGUUUUUAAGAAAAGUCUUUUCAUUUUAUCUGGUGCUGUGGUGUAAUACAUCAUUAACUUUUUAGCC